AUGGCAUUGAACUCUCCCUCAAGCAAGCUCGUAGAGCUAUCUCAGCUCUUACGCCAGGACCCUGGGCCUGCAGAAUAUCUCAUGGCAGCCACUAUGCUAUCCCACGUUCCAGACACGCAGUCUCUGUUAACAAAGGCCAUGCCUGUGCUUGAUCCUUCAGAGACGGAUUUGUACAUCCAAUCUGUGGCCCAAACUCUUUGCUCAAAAGAUGCAGAUCGUUCCAUCGAAGAGGCAGCCAAACUGACGUGUCAAAACGCAAAAGACAUCAACACGGCCUUCAUGGGAGUCACCCUCGCACUUGUCAUGUCGGAUGGCCAGAGGGGUACGCAUAAUGUAGAUCGCAUGGUGCCCAUUGUUCGACACUUAUUUCUAACACAUCACUUUGGCACAGAUUUCGAUGACAAUGUAGUGGGUCAAUGCGCGGACCAAAAUCUACCAAUCAACAAACGGAAGCUCAUUCUUGAGAAAUACAUUGCAUAUGCCGAGAGUCUAGAGAUGAUGUCCAAGAACAUGCUCUACCGGCUUAAGAGCCUCAGGAACGACUUUUACGACCUAAUCCAAGAUGUUCGCCGUUCAAACGGUCUCAACAAGUCGACCUCAAUCGAACAAGAGAUUGAUCAACACGAUGUCACCUGUUUGAAUGUGGGCCUUGACCAUCCAAUUCUUAAACUGGCUUGUGAUUUGCCGGGGUCCUUGCCGUUCUUCCUUGCUAUUGGUGGCUUAACGGCUUUAAACCGCAAGACGACCGCAGACAAUAUCCUCUUUCUAAGCACUUCAUACGCCCAACGUACGGCUAAACAACAAAGCCUCUAUAUUCAGGAGGGUGAAUUUGGUGGCGGCGCCCUGCAACUUUUGACCUCUUUUGACAGAAACUUCGCGAAAAUAGGCCAAUGCUGGUUCCACAGCCUUGUUGACGCUCACGAAAUAGGAAGGUGGUUGCAGGAUGGAGCAGACGUAGCGGUCAGUUUCCUUGACAUGCGACUCCUACCGCAAGAGACAUAUAAGCUAAUAACAAGUAAAGGCUUGGCCACGAUCAUGCAAUGGCGAAGUACUUGCGUGGAUAUGCCAAGGGUAUUGAAGACAUGCAUGUGGAAAGAUGGCAUGUGA